GUCUUCCCUCCACCCCACUACCCAAACUCCACCCAAAACACAAACCAAGAGGCAAGAGGCAAGAGGCAAGAGGCAAGAGGCAUAGAGGUGCAGUGACGUCAUCACACCUUUUAGCUGAUUAUCCAUUUGGAAAUUCCAGGUCAACACUCAGGAAUUAAUAAAAUUCGAAAAGCUACGAACUUUCAUGGUUCGCGGCACACAUGUGUAUAUAUAUAGCCAAUGGCCCAUUUGGGUCGACCAAAAACAAAACGCACAAAAUUUCGGAGAUGGGAAAAGUGAACUUUCAUGGCUGCUCUCAAUCUCUAUCUCAAUCCCACACGGUUUCUUGGGUAAGAGGGAAGUGUAUAGGGAAGGGGUCCUUUGGCACUGUGUGCAUCGGGGUCAGCAAAUCGGACGGUCAAGUCUUCGCCGCCAAGUCGGUGGAUCGCGCCGCGUGUCUUCACGGUCAGCUGGAGUCACUGGAGAACGAAAUUCGGAUUCUCCGGUCGCUCUCCUCGCCGCACGUCGUCAAGUACCUCGGAGACGACGUGUCGUGCGACACAACCAGUUCCACGGCGUCGUUUCGGAAUCUCCACAUGGAGUACUUGCCAGGUGGCACCGUCGGUGCCGACGUGGACGAAACGACGUUGCGUUCUCGCACCUGGUGUGUCGUUUCGGCGCUGAGGUACGUCCACUCGAGAGGCAUUGUUCACUGCGACGUCAAAGGGAAGAAUGUCCUGGUGGGCCCCGCUCUCGACCAAGCCAAGCUGGCCGAUUUCGGUUCGGCGAUGGUGCUUUCCGACCACACGUGUACGGGCCCGAUCGUUCCACGCGGAAGCCCGCUGUGGAUGGCACCGGAGGUAAUUAACCGAGAAUAUCAGGGGCCGGAGUCCGACGUCUGGUCUCUGGGCUGCACGGUGAUCGAGAUGGUAACCGGAAAGCCUGCGUGGGAGGAUCGCGGGGUGGACACGCUGGCUCGAAUUGGGUUGUCGGGCGGGUUGCCCCGGUUCCCGAACCAGUUGUCGGAAACGGGUCGCGAUUUUCUCGAGAAGUGUCUUAUGAGAGACCCGAAGGAGCGAUGGAGCUGCGAUCAGCUGCUGCAGCAUCCAUUCUUGGCUUCCGUGUCGCCCAAUGCGGUCGCCGACUCGUCGCCUCGCUGCGUGCUCGACUGGGUUAACUCCGAGUUCGGAGAUGAUCACGAGGAGGACGAGGAGGACUGCGAGGCUUCUGCGAGGGAGCGGAUUGGUAAAUUGGCGACGAAUACAGGGGCAAAUUGGGAAUCAGAUGGAUGGACUGCGGUGAGGGGCACGGACUGUUGCAAAGUAGAAGUAGAAGCAGAUGGCGCGAGUUCGUGUGAGGAAGGGACAAGUUGGGAAUAUUCAGAUGUAAGAGCGGUAGAUUUGGAAUGUGAAAAAUUCGGUGGCUGUGAUUCAGUGGAGCGGGCACGUAAUUAUUACUGUGACGGUGGGAGGUGCGCGGCGGUUGGCUCCAGCGGUUGGUGUGGGUGGAAAAGGGAAUGUUUGGCGGUGGAGAGAGUAGGGAUAAGAAGGUCUUGUGGCAGCUUGUGUAAUUUGUGUAGAAGCAUGUUAUUUCUAUUUUUAUAUUCUUUGGUAAUAUUCAUGAAUAAAUUAUUAAUUAUUUUUAUUUGUUAUAUUGUCGGGUUUGGUUCAUAAGUUUUAUUCUCAUUUUGGACAAAAA